ACUUAAUUCCUUUGUAAAUACACAUCUAAUAUGUAAUUUUCAAUUUUUACAUGUCUGCCAUCUUACAUAUCUGCUUAUUUACAGAGGAAAACAAUGAUGUCUCGCAAUAGGAUUGCAGCGUAAGCAUCUUCGGAUGAAAGGAAUGAAAGCUUUUUUCUUGCUGGAGUAUAAGCGCAGUAAAACCAUACCCGGCUUCCAAUAAAUUGUGUGGUAUGUAUCUCACAUCUAAACUACAAUAUUUACAUGCGCAACACUUUACCUAUGCAUGAAAUUUUGAGUGGCAUGCAAGCAAAUAUGAAUGUAUAGGUGUUAGAUACGUAAUACAUGAGAAAUGUGUGGUAUGAGGAUCACAUGAUGCGCCCGCAAACACCAUCUCACUUCAGAUUGUCUUCCCACUUUGCAUUACAUUUAUUGCAGAUAAGCUUCCUUUUUGCCGCCUGUUAUAACUCACCUUUAAAACCCCCACACUUAAAAUGAAGACAACAAUUGAAUGAAUUCUCUUCUCCGUUUCCUUCUCUUCCUGCCGUUUCCACAAACCCUCGCCAAUUUCCUCUCUCUCGCUCUCACACAACUGAAAACUCCAUUGUAGAAGGUAAUGACCUUCCCAAGGAAGACUAAAGCACCUCUCCGCCAAUAGAAAAAGCAGAGCAAACAACAAUGUACAAGGAAACAAGAUUGACGGAUGACAAAAACAACAAGAUCAGAGCUGUGUUCAAGCUGCGAUUCCAUGCAAACCAGGUUGACAAUCUGGGAUGGCAGAUCAUGAUGGUGUCUCUUGUUCCAUUAGAUAUUGGAAAAGCAACCAUGAAAACAGAUAAGGUAUUGGCUAUCGGCGGAAACUGUUAUUGGAGGAAUCCGAUUUACGAAACAGUGAAACUUUUCCAGGAUCCAAGAACAGGAAGAAUCCAUGAUAAGCUCUACAAUUUUGUCGUGUCAGCAAAUGGAUCAGUGACAACUGCAAUUGUAGGAGAAGUUGGUAUUAAUUUGUCAGAUUAUUUUGAUGCAGUUAAACCUGCCUUUGUUUCUCUUCCACUCAAACCUACAAAAUCUGGAGUUAUGCUGCAUGUAACAAUUCAGAGAAUGCAUUUAGAUCUAGAGGUAAGAGGAUCCGAAGAAUUCACAGAUGCAAUUUCCAUGGAGCUGUUGACAAAAAAGAAGCAUGGAUUAAAGUGGGAUGGAGAUAGAAGAGCAGCAGCCCUGAGAAAUCAUGGAUUUUCUGCAACCACCAGUGAAAAAAAGAGAUUCCCUUCCAAAAGGACUGUUUAUCUCCAAACUGAAUCUUCCGUAUAUAUUGAACAGUAUAGCAGCUCCAGCACCAUAUCGACAUCAAGCUCUGAUAGCACAAGACAACAUAAAUCAAAAGAAAAUGAAUCCAUAAGCCCGGAUUCACUUGAUGACUCAAGCACCUCAAAGCCACUCCUGAGCAGCAAUGAAACAUAUAAAAAGGAGCAUACAAUUUUAGAUUAUUUGAUAGCGGAAUAUAAUGAUCAUCAGAAAUCAACAAAUGACUGGAUUCUCAUUUCAGCUCCUGAGAGUGCGCUAGAAAAAAGUGCACAGAUUGAGAAAUAUAGAAAUCAAUCAAUAACACAGACCGAAGAGCUGGAAUUAUCAGAGUUAGAAUUACAGAAUUUAGUCACAACGGAUAGUAAUUAUGGGGAGAUACUUCUGAGAAAAUUGAAUAGCCUAAAAGGAGAGAGAGAUGAACUUAAAAGAGCAUGUGAAAAUCUCAAAGCAACUCAAAAGAAGACUGAUAAUCAAGAUGAUUCAAAUAAGUUACAUCCUCACAACAAAACACCCCCAGCUAUUGAAGAAAUAAAACAAGAGCUGCAAUAUGAAAAAGGCAUAAAUGCAAAUCUCCGUUUGCAGCUGCACAAAAUGCAGGAAGCAAACUCCGAAUUGAUUCUUGCAGUGCAUGAUCUGGAGGAACUGCUGGAACAGGAAAAUAAAGAAACUAUAUGUAUAAACUGUGGCAAAAUCGCAAUCAAACACCAUACAGAACUUAAUAUUUCAGAAAUAAACUUACAUGCAAGAAAUUCACAUGCGCAGGUAAGCAAAUGUAAAGAGCUGUUUGAGACUACUUCAGAUGGUGAUAAUGAACAGUACAAGUACCUUGAGGAUGAAAUCAGAAACUUGAAAAAAGAGAUUGAGGAACAGUCUAAAGCUUAUGAAGCUAAUCUAGAAAAUAUCAUGAAAGCAAGGCUUCAGGAAGAGAAGAGAGCCAAAGAAGCAGAGGAGAGACUACAGUUGACAAUAAAAAAUAAUGCAAUUAUUGCUGAGAGACUUCAAGAGGAGUUUAUAACAGUUGCUAGGGAAAUAUCUUCUGCAUUUCACAUGAAUGAGAAGCUAGCAAUUCAGGCUCUGGCUGAAGGCAAUGAAAUGCACUUACAGAAAUGUUAUCUGGAAAACCUGCUCAAGCAAACUAAAGAAGAGUUCACAGUGUUGCAGCAAGUGUAUGAUGUGAAACUCAUGGAAUUAUCAAACUCCGUAGACUCCAAAACAAAAGAAAUUGAAAAGUUGCUAGAGAACCUCAAAGCAAAGUCUGUGGAGAACGACAAUCAAAAGAAAUCUAAGGAAGCAAAACUAAAAGUCCUAACAGAAGAAAUUCUAAUGCUAGAAAAUAAGGUCAAAACACUGUCAGAAGAAAAAGUUCAACUUUCUGAACAUAUAGAACAUAAACACAGAUCACUAGAAGAGAUAGAACAGUUGAAAAUGUUUAAUAAAGAAAUUGAGACAAAAUUGCACCAGAGAAGCCUGGAAAAAGAGAUACUUAACAGCGAAGUUGCUUCAAUGAAGGAAAAAGCUGAAAACUCAGAGAAAGAUCAGCAAAAACUGCAGAAAAUAGUGAAAGACAAGGAUAUAAUGAUAAAAGAUCUAAACUCUGAAGUUAAGAACCUUACAGAAGGAUCUAAAGUCUCAAACAGUUUGGCUGUUAGGGAUGAGAUUGAUAACCUUAAAGAACGAUCUAAAGGCUCAAACAGUUUGGCUGUUAGGGAUGAGAUCGAUAAUGAUUUAAGAAAACAGGCUUUUCACUUCCAAAGUGAUCUUGGGAAAAGGGAAGAGAAAAUUACUAUUCUUGAGAAAAAACAUGAAGAAAAUGCAAGAUCUACAAAUGCAAUAGCAAAUGUGAAGAUAGCAAUUGCAAGAAACAAAACUCAUAAACCUGGCUCAGCAUCCCAAGGCUCUAAGGAAGUUACAGUUUUGCGUGAGAAAAUUAAACUUCUUGAGGCAAAUCUGAUGUUUAAGAACACUGAACUAGAGGAAACAAGAACAUUAUUUCUACAAGAGGAACAAGAGGAUAAGAAUCUAAAUCAUAGGAUUGAAGAAUUGGAAAAGGACAUUUGUCAAUGCAAAAAACAGGAAGAAAAGAAUGUUAAGCACAAUCUAAAAUGUGAGAGUAUUAGCAGCAUCCAUAAUGAGCAAACAUUAAGCACCGAGGUAAUCCCUUCGCAUAAAAGAGAGCAGAAAGCAGUAUCAAACAACUACGAUCAAGACAACUUACCUGAACUGUUGAACGAGAUGAUGCUGCUAAAAGAGAAUAGCAAGGCUAUGGAAGCUGAGCUGAAUGAAAUGCAACAAAGAUAUACUGAGAUAAGCCUCAGAUUUGCAGAAGUUGAAGGUGAAAGGCAACGGCUUGUCAUGACAGUACGAAAUCUUACAAACACCCUGAAGACAUGAAGGAAAUUGUACUUGUCUGCGGCAUGCCCUUUCGUAUUGUGCGGAAAUGGCUCUACUAGCCAAGGUGAAGUAGUUAAAUAAGACAUAUUACAUAAAUACCAAUAAAAUAUUUACAUAUACAGAUGGAAAUUGUCGCAUGAGAAGAACGUGAAUAUUCCAAAUGACAACACAUGAAGAAAGAGUUCUUUUAGAUGUUCUCAUAAAAAUAUGUAGGAGCAUUUACAUACAUAGUACAUAAUUAUUAUUUAUUUCCAUAUCUCACACAAACUAUCAUAUUUACAGA